GUUAGGUCCUGGAGACGUUGCAGGCCCCUGUGGAUAAGCAGUCCUUUGAUAUGAGAUGCAUUACUAUGGGCUCUGGAAUGAGUUGUGUUUUCCUGUCAGAGAGUCUGAGCCAGGGUCUGGCAUUGUCCCUGAAGAUGGAAAUGGGAAACCCAAAGCGCUUGUUCGUUACACCACCCAAAACCGCGCAGCCGGUCAGCUCCAACAGAAAGUCUCCCUGGCAACAUGCAGAAGGCAGGACCAGAAACUAUGUCUCACCCAUUCCCGCCAAGCUGUCCAGCCCACAAAAACAGGACAAGGAGAGCCCAGUAUCUAACAGGCCGUUGUCACGAGGGUCCUCUCCAAGCCCAAGACCCCGUCGCAGGUUCAGUCGCACUUCACCUUCAGAUCCUGGAACUCCAGACGUAAUUAUUGAGGAGCUGUUAGACGAGGGACGAGAGAAUGCCCCUCCUCCCACCGGCCCUGAGCUGGCUAAUGACAGCUGGAGAAUCCACAGGAAAUGGAAAAAUCAGUCGUCUGGCAACAGGAGAAUCGUCACCCAGUGGGUGGUGGUGACCCAUGUUGUGAACCCAAGUCACUUCUACAUUAGGUAUGUGGCCGAGAAAAGAGAGAGCGAGAGCCUGUCGAAGAGGAUCAACAACUUCUGCUUUGGAGACGGUUGUUCCUUCACUUCCAAGGACACGGUGGAGACUGGCUCCACAAUCUUUGUCAAGUGGAAGGAGGCGCUCUGGUGUCGGGCCACUGUGGUCGAAGUCUUGCAGGACGGAUGUGUGGAGGCUGUGAAAGUCUGCCCAGUCACACAGCUGGCCAGUAUUCAAGUCUUCUUCAUUGACUAUGGCCUCACCAAAAACCUCACCAUACAGAGUAAUGAGGAGACCACUGAGUCGUCACUGAAGGCCGUGAACAGCCACCUGAGGAAGGUCGGUGAGACGGAGAAUGUGGAGCUGGGUCAUUAUGCUCCUCAGGCCAUCAGAUGUUCACUCAAGGACCUGGUGCCCUAUGAUCCCACGAAGGGUUGGAGUGAAAAUGCGCAGAUUGAAUUUCAGAGGAUGGUUGGCUCUGCUGUAGUGGAGAUGCGGCCUUUGGGUCAGGACAGAGACUCCUUACUGGUGGACCUGAGGAAAGCACCAGUGGACCAGUCCAGUCAUGUGCCCAUCUCUGUCAGACAGCACCUCGUUUUGAUUGAAGUGGCCAGAUUUUAUUCUCCAGUGACGCUGGGCAGGAGGCCCCUGCUGUACUACCCUCCUGAGUACCCCAAGAUAAACUCAGAGGUCAUCGCUGUUGUGUCCCACAUCAAUAACCCUGCUGACUUCUAUGUCCAACUGGUUGAUAACAUGGAGUCCUUGUUGCUCUCAGCCAAGCUCCAGGAUUGUUACAAUGGGACGACAGUGACUGGAGAAGAUGACCUCAAAAUCUACUGCCCUGAGAAAGAACAGGCCUGUGUUGCCCGCUAUGAGGACAAGUGGUACAGAGCUCAGGUCAUAGGUCAUCCAGGGGGCAGAAAAGUGGAGGUGCGUUAUGUUGACUUCGGAAAUAAGAAAAUCUUGUCGGUCAGCGACUUGAGGAAGAUAAAGGACGAGUUCUUUGCCCUUCCUUCCAUGGCAAUCCCGUGCUGUUUGUCAGAUGUGAUUCCUCUGGAUGGAGAGACCUGGAGUGACGCCUGCACCAACAGAUUCAUCAGCCUGGCUCACCAGAAACUGGUCACUAUUGUUGCUACAGAAAGAGUCCCCAAGACCAUGCCUCUGCCGGUGAAACUGUUCGAGAGCGGCCUGAACGGGCCACAAGCCAACAUCGCUGAGCUGCUGGUCAAAGAGGAGCUGGCCUCCUUUAAAGAGGGACUUCAGUCCAAGGACGCCAGGCCCUCUGUCGAUGAUUCUGUCGUAUGGGACCCCCCACUCGAGCUUGGCUUCGCAACGAAUGGCGUGGAUAACCCGGACCAGAAAAUUCUGGGAGAGCAGAGUGAGGAGCAGCUGGAGUUUCAGCCUCAGCUGAAGUUAUCUGAUCAACUAAAAGACCUGAAAGUCAGAGUCAGUCACGUCAACUCACCGAGCAGCUUCUACGUCCAGUUUACCCAGUAUGACUCUCAACUCAAAAGGAUUUGCGAGCUGUUGAAGAAGGAGUGUGCACUAAUGGAGCCACAGGAUGUGGUGUGGAAGGCGGACAUGUAUUGUGCUGCUCUCAUUAACGGGGUUUGGGAGAGAGGACAGAUCUGCUCUGACGUCUUAUCCAACAACAUUGCAGAGGUGAUGCGCUGUGACCAUGGCAAGACGGUGAAGCUCGAUAUCAGCAACUUGCGGCCACUGCCUUCCUCCUUAACAGGCUCUCUGGCACUGGAGUGCACUCUCACCGACAUAAGGCCAGCAGGAGGCCGUUCCACCUGGACGGCGACAGCCUGCGACUCGUUUUCGUAUUACCUGACCGGAGCCUCGGCUGUUGUGACCAUUAAGGAGCUGACAGAUGAGUGCCCAGUGCCUGUCACUCUGUUCUGCUCCAACAGUAUGGGACAGUUUGUCAGCAUUGCAGACUUUCUGACCAGCGAGGGUCUCGCCCUCAGGGAGAGAAAGCCAAGAGAUGCUGUCAUUGAAAAACCCAAAGAAACGGAUGCGCAGUCUCCAGUGAGCGAGGCACAGACAAAAACCUCACAAUCAACAACCCCUCCUCUCAUUCCUUUCCCCUCCCCAUCCCUCGUCAUCUCUCCCUCUCCUCCAAAACCAACCCCACGCACCAUAAUGUCUGCUGAGAAGGUAAAGACUCAGCCUUACCGUCCCCCGGAGCUGCCGUGCCUCGGUCACAUCCAGGUCAUUGUUUCUGCCAUCGGAGAGGACGGCCUCAUUUACACCAGAACACAGAAUGCAGAGUGUCACCUGGAGCAGCUUACAGAGAGGAUUCAGCAGAGCAUGAAGACUUUGCCCAGGCAGAGGCCCUACACCUGGAAGUCGGUCAUGGGCUGCGCCGUCAUCGGACCUGAUAUGUUUUGGUAUCGCGGGCAGCUGCUGGAGGUGCUGGGCGGACACGUUAAGGUACAAUAUGUGGACUACGGCCUGGUGGAGAACAUCCCAGUGGUCCAUGUGUACCCGAUGCUGCUGUGUGACGAUGUUCCUCAGCUCUGCAUGCCCUGCCAGCUGCACGGCAUCACCCCGGUUGGCGGGAAGUGGCAGAAGGAUGGAGUGGCUUUGCUGAAGAAUUUGUUGAUGAACCGCCGCGUGGACAUGCAAGUCAUGGAGUUGCCGACUGACCCGAGGGACACCCUGACGGUUGAGCUCUUCCUGGACGGGAUGAGUCUCAGCAGGAUCCUGUGUCACCACGAACAUGCCUCUAUGGACCAGACCGUCCCGGCACAGAGGGGACCCUCAGUGAUGUCUCCUGCCCUCCUGGAUGACUGGGACAUUGACACUAAGGAUCUGAAGGGCCCAGAGGAGCCGAUGCUCGGGCCCUUUAUCUACCCGAACCUGCCACAGGAGGGAGAGAAGUUUCAAGUCAGAGUAAAGCACCUGUGGACCCCCAAUGAGCUCUUCCUGUGGCCUUUGGAGGGAAUAGCCGAUGUGGAGGUGGAUGGAGAGACUCUGGAUGAGGCUCUGACCAGAAUCAAUGCGGACAUUUGCAGUCUGCAACCACUCACCAACUUUCGUCAUGGCUGUCCGUGUCUGGCCGAGUACAGUGACGGGAUGUUCUACCGGGCCAAACUGAUCAAGUUCAACAGCGUGGAGCCCGUCAUCAUCCUGGUGCAACACGUCGACUUUGGCUCGGACGACACUCUGCCCCCCAGCAAGCUGCGUCAGAUGCCGGCUGAGCUGCUGCGGUUUCCGUCGCGGGCCCUCAAGGUCAAAGUCGGCGGCUUCAGGGCUCCGAGUGUCAACAGGCAGGAAGACGUGCUGCCCUACAGCCCCGGGUGGAGCGUGAAGGCUGCGAUGGACAUGAUCGACCUGCUGCACAACAACAUCACAGCCUCUGUUGUGGCCCGCGAACCAGAGCUCACCGUGCUGCUGUACAACGAGGACGACGAGUUGGUUCAUCUGCCGCUGGUGAGCAGCGGACUGGCUGAGCUCGAGUGAAGCAGAGCGGAGACGGCCUCAGAAACCCACAGGCUGCAGUUCAUGUUUACUCGCAGACGUCCUGUUUUGUUUCCAUCUUGAUUUCACUCUGUUGUUCUGUUUGACUGCUGUUCUUUGCUUUUACGUGUUGCAGAAAACUUGCAUUAGUUUUUACUUUCACAGUGAUCCUGUAGAGCAGUGAUUCGUUUAAA